AUGAGUUCCUCAUCUAAGCCCACCACCAGCAAUGCAUUUGUCACCCUCUUGACUUCCGAUCACUACCUGCCAGGCGCUCUCGUCUUGGCAGAGUCUUUGCGCCUCAGCCAUGGCAUUACCAAAAAGGGCAAGCACAGGGCUGCUGCUUCCACUCCCCCGGCUGCCGAAUUUCAAGUGGUCGCUCUCAUCACGCCAGACACACUCUCUGUCCAGUCCAUCAAGGCAUUGCGCCGUAGCGGUUUGUUUGACUGGAUCGUGGGAGUAGAACCUAUUGGCUUCCGCCAGAUCCUCGCCACUUCGCCACAUAGCGAUAAUCCAGCACCCGCUUUAGCAGACGAUGCCAAAUCCGCCGCUCUUCCUGUCGUGCUCGAUUCGGAGCUCGAUGCCAUGAUCCGAGAGAUGGAGCACAAUCUAGGUCUUUUGGGCCGUCCUGAUCUUACCAACACGCUCACAAAACUGCAUGCUUGGAGGCUGGGCCGCGAUUCAGCUCACCUCAUUGCUCACGGUGCCACUGCCACUCACGAUGCAACUCAUCGAUGGCAAGGUUUUGACAAGCUUGUCUUUCUCGAUGCAGACACCUUGGUGCUCCGCCCCAUCGACCAUCUUUUCCACCUAGCAAGCAAUGUCACCUUCGCCGCUGCGCCAGACACGGGCUGGCCAGAUGCCUUCAACAGUGGUGUCAUGGUCCUCACACCCUCAAAUCACACCUUCGAAGCCAUCCGGUCCUUUGCCCGCACCACAGGCUCUUGGGAUGGUGCAGACCAAGGUCUUCUUAACGACUUUUUUGGUCCUGAAGAUGGCUCCGAUGAGUCUGCUGCUGACUCUCAACGUGCUGCCUCAGCUCCAGGCCGCGGCUGGAAGAGACUCAGCUUCCGCUACAACGUCACCAGUCACGGUGGCUACACAUUCGCGCCAGCCUAUCAGCGCUACGGGCAGUCGAUCAACAUUGUCCAUUUCAUCGGUCAACACAAGCCAUGGAAUCGUACUCGGCCAUCGGGUAUCCCCCAGCCCAAUCCACUCGGUGGUCCUCGUGAGCUCAACAGCGAAACCAUUUCGCCUGACCAGCCGGACUAUUUGCUCGCCCUCUGGCACAGCGCAUUCGCUUCCCUUUACCCCGCCUCCGGCUCCACAUCACCCGACAGCGAGAUUGAGAUUGUUCACACCGAACGCGGCGUUGAGGUCGUCGAGCGUCGCAAAUUUACCGUUCCUACUUUCCACGCUGUAUGGGAUGCUGAGGCGCGCCAGGAAGAUUCGCCAACCAACAAACUCGACGUUGUAUAUACACCUGCGCCUGAAAGACCACCAGUUUGGGAAGCAGCGUAUGCCAGUCUGCCUUUGGACGGGAGAAACUCGUUGAUCGCGCCGGCGCCCGAGGUCGCACGCGUACCUUCUCCGCCGACACCGACGCAGAAGAGCAUCGACGCCGAGGCCAGGGCUAGGGAAGCGACUGUUGGACCAAACUCUGCUCCUGUGGCAAUUCCUGGUCGGGCUACGGCCGACAAGAAAGACGAGAGCGACGACUCGCCUCAGCACUUUUCGCCGCCAAAGCUGUCAUGGAAUCCGGCUCAUGAAGCUCCUCCAACCGGAUCCGAUGCUUCGCUCUACCAGAUGCGAAUCCCCAUCGACGCCUUCUAUUCAAAUAUCUGGGAUGCCGGCCAAAAAACCCCACGCACGCUAGCCGAGCAAAAGGCAGCAUUCUUUGUGCCGCAGGCUGCUGCACCUCAACAACCUGGCGCUCGUCCACAUGGCGGUCCCGGAUAUAUCCCUGCUCAACUUCGACGCGAUCGUGUGUUCGACAAUCUUGGAUCGCACAAGCCCGACCCAAGCAAAGUCAAGCCCAUUUUCCCCUGGGAGACCAAACAGCAAACGGCCAACGCCCCAUCCAGAGUAUUCCCUGAUGAGCCUCGCCAGCCCUCCCCAUCGCCGGAUGCCGACAAAACUCCCACGCUCGGGAGUUCGAAGGACGGCUCCUUCCGUGCUCCUGCUCCUCCUACCGCUCCCGCUCCCGCUCCAGUGCCAGCGCCGCCACCCGUGCAGCGCCCACGAGGCUUGCCUACGAACCUGUCGUAUGUCAAUGCAUGGGACAAGGUGGGUGCUAUUGUCAAUUUUGCCAACGCCUGGAAUCGACGCACGCGCCCUCCUUGCCCCGAGAAGCGAAGGUUGCAUACAGAUCAGCCGAGCGACAACAGGGCCAGCUCGAGGGAUCCCGGCUCUGUACGCCUUGUCGAUGCACGAAAGAAUGGAGGAGGCUCCGCAGUGUCUGCCGGGUCUCGCGGAGCAAGCUUGCCCGGAAACACUUUGCGCCCUUUGCCCACGACAAAGCUGGAGCGCAGAUCGAGCGUGCAAGAAGGCGACGAUGCGCUUGACGACGAAGCAUCGGACAGCCGGGAUGGCGAUGACGAGUCCUCCGAUGGCGAGGAGUCCUCUGGCAACGAAGACACAUCGCAGGUGGCGACCGAGCGCGGUGCGACGCCCUCUCCCGUCAAAGUGCGUCAACCAGCUUGGCCGCGCGAGGGGCCGGGACGAGGGUACAUGAAGAAAGCGGAAAACUCUGUGCAUGCUCAGAUGCAUGCGACGCCGCGAAGUCCCAGAAUGAGCUCACGCGUGCUCUCGUAUGCGUCCACGGCGACCGAGGGCGAGGGAAAGAGCGGUGGGCGAUUCUCGUCAUCCAGUAGCGCGUCCAACUCCACCAUCACGAGCGAAGGCGCGGCCGCGGCGAGACAGAAGGCUAAGGACAGGAUCCGUCCGAACGGAUGGAUCCCGACCGGCUCAGCAGGCUCGGGGAUGAGUUCUCCACCACCUGGCUACCGCUCUGCAUCCAGCUUGCGCGGGAUCCCGGGUGUGACUGGCGGUUCGUCUCGAUCUGCUUUCACCCCCGCCUACUACCAGGGCAUGAUGGGCAGACGACGCGAAACCAACUCAUCCAACGAUUCGCAAUCGGGCGAGUCCGGAGCCAACUCUCCCACCGCUCUACUCAGCCCGUCUCUCGGCAACCCAGGUGCAGGCAUGCCCAUCAUGAUCAGUAGCACAUCGCGCGUCUCUUCGCAUCCUACCGACACGAGACUCACGCAAACAUUGCCGUCCGCUUUGGACGAGCCUUUCAGCUCGAGCCCGGUCAAUCUCAAGUCUGAGCUCUCUAGGCAGGCAAGGAUGCAUCAGUACGCCAAAUUCUCCACUUCAAAUUGGGCUCAUCCGCCCUCGUAA